UCAAUUAAUUCUUCUGUUUCACUGUCGCCAUGUUGAACUGUAACACGUUCCGCUUAAGUAGCAUAAAUAAAAACUGCUACGAAAAAUGGCGUCCGCUGCCUCAACAUGUUGACACGUAGCGAUUGAGCGGAACGUCAUUCAGCAGAAAAUCUAGUAACGUUGCCCAACUGUUGAGUCCGCUGAAUGCUUUACAAUUAGUACAAAAAUCUCGUGCGACACGCACAACACAAGUGCAAUACGAAGAAUUGGUGAAAUACAUGGAGCCUCAUUCAGAGUUCGCCGAAGGAAAGUUUUUGGGUAAAGAGGGUAAACUUCAUUAUGCUCUACAAUGGCAAAGAUUAACAAAACUUUUAAAUUCAUUAAGUACGGCACCCGGAAAAACGACAAAGCAGUGGCAAACGGUAUGGAGAGAUUUGAAGAGCAACGCAUCAAAAAAAGCAGCAAAAAUACGUAAUGAAAGGAAUCGAACGGGAAAUUUUCCAAUGCAAUCACAACCGUUGGAGGAUUUAGAACAACGUAUCAUCGCGUGUAUGGGUUUAGACUACGUGCAAGGUUCUGAAACUUGUCCUGAUAGUACACCAGAGGAAGAGGUUUAUCAACUCGAAUUGGAAAAGGGGAAUGAAGAAGUUCUUCAUUAUCCACCGGAAAUAUCCUCUAUUGCUGAUGUUUUACCGAGAAACAAUGAUACGAACAAUGAUGACUUACAACGCAAACUCUAAUCAACUAUCGUAAUACUAUUACGAAUUAAAUACGAAGGUGUGGCUAUUAAAUAACGAGACUGCCGCUGCUACAGAAGAAGUACGCAUGCGCCAAACGCCAGCGACCGACAGCUGUUUAGCGUGAAGCCUUCUCUUUCGAAUGCAGUACCUCUCGCUUCUGUAAACAAAUCCGUAUAGCCGUAGCCUUCGUUCGCAUUAGAGU